UUUCAAAAAAAUGAGCGUUAAUCGACAAAUAAAGGAAGGGCCUACUUUUAACCAAAAUGAGGUCCUUUCUUUAAAGAAGAAAAUGAGGCAUAAUGAAGCGGAGUUCGCAAAAGAACGAGCGGUUAUGAAGCAGAAGAUAGACCUCCUUCAGAACCAAGUCAAGGAACUUAUUGAGAGAGAAGCUAACCAGAAGAGAAUGUAUGAGACUAUGCUGACAGCAUUGAAGGAUCAGGGCGAUGAACCAAAGAAAACACAGGAUUACUUUGAUAAACAGCUUGCUAAGAGUGACCAAGUUAAUAAGGAAGGCCUUCAGAGAGUUGAACAGCAAUAUCUGAAGAAACAGGAAAUGCUCCAGAAGGAAAAUGCAGAAAUUCAGUUAGAGAAUGCCAAGCUGAGAGAGAAAAAUCUUGAAGCCAAGAACCAGCUUGAGACUAAAACUAAAGAGUGAGAUUUAAAGCUUCAGGAAGCCAAGCUCACUGAUAAGGAAAAGGAUCUCAAGAUCAAGUUGGUGGAAGAGGAGAACGAAAAACUUAAAAAGGAAAUAGAGCUGUUAAAUCAAAAGUUGAAAGACCAAAAUGAAAUUAACUCAAUAAAAACAGCAAGACUUGAAGAGAAGCUCAGGAAUAAAGAAGCCUCGGAUGCACAUAACAGAAGUAUUAUGAUGAUUGAUCCUAUGCCAUUGAGUGUCCAAUCUAUUGAUGCUCCUGCAGGCUUUGGUAGGUCAAGGAGUCCUGUUGUUGGUAAAAAUUCUCUCUAUAAAAGCUUUAAAAAGCAACAAGAUAUCCUUGUGGAUGACCUACAAAAUCAGAUAUCACAAAAGGAUGAUGCUAUCUCUGAACUUUGAUAUGAAAAAGAUGAACUCAUUUGAAAAAUAGGAGAUCUAGAGAAUGAAAAUGAGUACCUCCAAGAACAAGUAGAGCUUGUUCAAAAAGAGAAAGAGACAAGCAUUCAGCUUCUUGAAACUCAGAUUAAAAGACAAGAAAAUGAAUACAUGCAACAGAUAAAUAUUCUUGACAGUGAAAAGCAAAACGCAAAGUCAAUGUUGUCUCACCUCCAGAAUGUUAUUAAGUCAAGUGAAGUUCCUGAAGACAAUAUUGUGAGAAAGUUGAACUUCUCUUCUUGUAUGAACAGAAACGAGAAUAAUCCAAGAGCGUCGAGACAUUAUGCAAUGACCACCAACAACUCUCCACGAAAUUGUGCUAUUGAUUACGAAGAGGUAAAUAUAGGCAAUAAUCCUCACGAUUUUUCGAAUACUAAGAAGAAUAUAACUGCUUCUAAAUGUAGGAGUAGGAAUCCUUCUUCUACUGGUUUACAGAUAGUUUCAAACUCCAUUCCAAUAAAGGGAUUCAAGAGUGGGCACUUCAGAGAAAGUCAUAGAAGUGGUAACAUCAGAACUCUCAAGGAACUAGCUAGUGCUAGGAACAUGGCUACUCAGAUGAGCUAUAAGGGGAAGAGCCCAACUGAAGAUCUCACAUGGCUCAACCACCAACAUGACGGAUCUAACCUGAAUAACAGAUGAACUCAGGAAUCCAGCCCAACUCACAUUCAAGGUAAUCCUUACAAGAGAAGCCAGAAAUCGAAGAGUCGUUGCUACAACACCUCUGAUGGGGGUAACGGAAUAAAUGUAAUCUCUGAGAUCUAUCCUGGAAGCAAGGGCCACUCAGAAGAUGUCAAUGGAACAUUAAUGAACUCUAUUGUGAACCUCUUCCCCAAUAAAUUCAGAAGUAAGAAAGGAAGUGGAGUGUGCCACAAUGAAAAUGCCAAUCCGAUUUCUUCCUUCACCAGCUCUCCUCAUGCAUCUCUUUCUAAACAAGAGCUGAGGGAGAAACUUGAGGUCAUCCAGAGAGAUAGAGAGGAUUCCAAAAUUCACCAACUUAGAGACAGUAGUGACUCUAACGAGAUUAUUUCAGACUCUCCUGAGAGAAGUGCACAACUACCAUAUGCAUCAGGAAAUGGGAUAGAGAUGUUAAAACCAGCAAGCAAUACUAUUAACAGAAACUCAUACAUUGAAAUGCUAGAGACUGGUGAAAUCAUGAAGAAUAUCAACGGAGAUCUACUCUGUAAGAGGUGUAAUGGAGAAUUUACAGUUCAAGAAUUUUUAAACAACCAAGAUCAUUGGAAGAUAUGCUUAAAUAAACCUGCACCAAGAGUCACUCCAAAAGAAGUAAGCCAGGGUCGUCAUUCAAUGCAUGAUGAAGAGUACACAGAUGAUGAACAUUCCCAAAAUUUUGUUCACUUAAGAGUUGAUCCAAAUGCUGGUUUCCUCCCUGAGUUAUCUGAGGUCAAUGGAAGUGUUCUUCUUCACAAGAAUCCUCAGAGAGAGUAUCAAGAAUUCCCAUACGCAGAGGAGAGUGAAGAAGAGGAUGGAGAGUAUGAAGAAGAUAUUGAAGAAGGAGUUCCAUAUGAUUCAGAGCUUGAUAACUAUGAUCUGUAUUCCCAAAAGCAAAGAAAUAACCGCUAUGCUCGCCCACAUGUUAUCCUCGAAACUGUUGAGCAAGAGAGUGAUGAGUGAAGAUCAAGUAUCUGUGAUAGCUCAAAUUACAUUUCUAAUCCAAACAAGUUGUUUAAUAAAGAUAGAACAACUGUUUCUAAGGCUCCUUCAAUGAGAUAUCAUAGCAACCAGAAUGAUAAGAAUGGUGAAGUUGGAACUUCUUUACAAGUGAAGAACAGGAAGCUAAACCAGUCUCCAUAUAUGGUUGGGAUGAAGAAAGAAAGAUCUGAGCAAGCUGUCCAUUCUUCACUUGAUAGUAAUAGCUCUAAAGGGUCUAAAUCUAUUUAUUCCAAGGUUUAUAAAGAGAAUCAUCAUAAGAAAGAGAACUCAGAAGUAUCUGUCAAGUUAGACUCUCAAAGAUUUGGCAACCAAUCUUCAAGAAGAAUGUUUCAAACCAAUAGUUUUAAAGAAAAACAUGCUGGUUCUCCUCGAGCUUUUAAAGACAUUACUCAUCAGAUGCAUACUGAAAAUCUUGCUUUUGGAAAAAGAAAGCGGAGUGUUCCUCCUCCAACAUAUCAAGGUGUUCAGAAGCCAAGAAAGAGAAGACAAAGAGAAACUUUAGAGAAUCCUGAAGAUUAUGAUGCUGAAAAUAAUCCAAUAGGAUAUGCCCAGAUAGACCUGAUGAAUGAGCAAAAUCAGGAGUCUGAUACAGAUAGUCUUCCUUAUGAUCAACUCAACUCUAAGUUAAGCAGAAUCGAGGAUGCUGUUAACUUCUUCUAUGAGAAAAUGAGCGAUAACUAUGCUCACUGUAUCAACGAAGUAGGAACUAUCAAGGAUUACAUUGAAUUAAAAUCUGAAAAGAAGUCCAAUAGCAGAAUGAACAGCAUCUAUAGCAAUAGAGGGAGCGCUAUGAAAACACCUAUUACAGCAAAUAAGCUAAUGGAGUUCCAUAUGUCUAGUAAGAAGAAGAAUCCAUUGGACAGCCAUUAUGACAAUUGCACAUCUCAGACAAAGAAAUACAGGAAUAUUAAGAAUUCAAGAGAUGCUACUCCUGAAAUGGAGUACACAAAGCAAGGGAAUAGAUUCCAACAAUUUAUCUCUCAAGAAGAUUACAACGUGAAGGACUACCAAGUACAAGGGAAGAGGAAAGAGAAUAAAAAGAAGGGUCUUUCAAGGAAUAAUAGUGGGUAUGGGCCGAAUAAAAUCGGUCUUAAUAGGUACAAUAGCUUAAUGAGCCAGAGCACAUCAUCAAUUAACCAGCACCCAUCAACCAGGAGUUUUGCAUUACACCUAUAAUUUGCUAAUUAAGUAACUCUA